AUGCUGAAGCCAGCCCACCUCCUGCUGUUGCUGCUGCUGGUGCCGGGGGCCCCCCGGCCAGGCCUCUCCCAGAAGUCCUACGGGGCCAAGUCCUUGUUCAGCUGUAUUGACACAGCCCUGUCGGAGGCCAGGAAGAGCCGGCUGGGGGAUGCGUCGCCGCUGAGCGCGAGAGGCUUGCCCUACCUGCCCAGCCAAGAGCCCUCCUCAGGACAGGACGACGAAAAGGAGGCGGAAGAAGACAAGAAGAGGACCUUCCCAGGCUCCAGGGGCGGCAGUGGCGCAGGAAGCGCCCGGUACAGAUUCCUGCCCCCAGCUCAGCCCAAGGGGAGGCUGUACCCGGACCAGGCCAAGAGUGACCGGCGCACCAAGUUCACGCUGUCCCUCGACGUCCCCACGAAUAUCAUGAACAUCCUCUUCAACAUCGCCAAGGCCAAGAACCUGCAGGCCAAGGCAGCUGCCAACGCGCUCCUGAUGGCCCAGAUUGGGCGUAAGAAGUAG